GCGGUUGGCGGCGGCGGGUGGGUCAGUCGGCUGGGGGCUUCGCUGAAGCGAGCGGCCGCCAAUGGAGCGGGCAGGGGCAGCCGCAGCCGCGCAGGAAGAGCAGAGAAGAUGGCUCCAGGAACGCCAGGCAGCCAAAGAAAAGCUGAAAUGCCCGAAUGCAAAACCCUUUUUAAAGGACCAGACAAAUCACAUGAACCCACCCUUAGAGCCAGUCUCUAAACUAGAGCAUGUUGAUAGGAACAAGAGCGUUCUCAGAAAUGUGGCGAAGGGCCCUCAGAGGGAUGGCAAGCUUGGUGCCAAAUCCACACAUGUUGGCCACGCUGCUCCACAGAAGUCUUCAAAUACAUCCCAGAGAGCAGCAGUGCGUCCAGAGCUGCCAAGGAAGAGCACAAAGCCUCCCAUGGGGUUUGUGCCAAGCAUGAGCUACCGCACACAGCCCAGAGGGGGGCUACAGGCUUCAAACUCUGGUCACCUAAAUCCAGAAAGGAACAAGAAGCCUGCACAGGAGACUGUCACCAUGGCAGUACCUCAGGCUGGAGGUGACCCCUCUUCUAUUGAGGUACCUUGCUCCCAAAAUGAGAGGCUGCAGGACAGGCUGGUCUGCAAUAAGGAGAACAUCCGAGCACAAGCACCUGUACACCCUGUACAGAGCAGAGUUUUUCGGCCUGAUGGAAACAAUCUCAGGAACAAGAAAGACUUGGCUCACAGGCAAAGCUCAGCCAUGACGUCAAGAACCAUCAUGGGCCCAAAGAACAGAAUUAAUAGCCACCAGGCUAAGGAAGAGCCAAUUCAAGAUAAAUUCAGGAAAACCCUGCCAGGCUCAAAGAGCGCAUCUCAAAAACCAAGUGUCAAAACUCAGCCGUCACAGCCCCCUCGGUUACUUACUGCUUCUACUAAUUUGCUACAUAAAAAACCAGGGGCAAACCAGGAAAAAACUACUACGGCAAGGGAACCCAUAGGAAAGCCACCCAGCACACUUCCAGCAGGAGGUCUCAGUAGACCCCCCCAACUGAAAAGAUCUCCCACAAAGCCUCUGGCCUCCAGCAGGCCCCAGGGCACUGCAAACCUGAAAUCCACCCUGAAACCAGGUGGCACUGUGCCAUGGCAAAGGCCCACGGCUACAAGGGAGGCGGGGAGGAAGGACGUGAGAAUGGUGCCUCCUGGACGCACAGCGGCAUUCCGAGUGACAGUCCCCCUAAACCAGCCUCACAGCAUACAUGGCUCCAAAACUCAAGCAACUGAGAGUGAUUUUACCAGUAGGAGAGAGAGGUUUAAACCAAAGCUGCCAACGGCAAGUGGAAUCCAGGCUAGGCGUGUUCCCAAGACCCCAUCGGCUGCGGACCGUAAGAAACAGCUGGAGGAGUGGUUGGCAUCCAAAGGCAAGAUAUACAAGCGACCACCUAUGAUGCUGCUUCAGAAAAAGGCAGUGAAGCUGUCCUGCAGAAAUGUCAAAGAGAAGCAAGAGAAAUCAGAGCAGCUCUGCCUGGAAAAGAUCAACAACAUACUGACUGAGUGCCUGGAGCUUGCUGAGGAGGGUGUCCGGGCAGAAGACAUCUCUGCAGUGCUGUCUCAAGUGCCCCAGGCAGAGAAAUUUGCCAAGUUUUGGAUCUGCAAAGCGAAACUCCUCGCCCGGGGUGGCCCUUUUGACGUGACGGGGUUGUACAAAGCAGCAGUCUGCGCUGGUGCUGUGCCACUCCAGGAACUCAGAGAAGUUGUCCUUGAUAUUUUGAAGGCUGCAGAUCAAACAUCAGAAGGAGAAAAGGCUGAGCAGCCUGUUCCUCAGGAGCCUACAACGCAUUGCCAGAGUGAGAGGCAGGAUGUGGCAGUGACUCCCUGCCUGGUGAGGAGGUCUCUGGCCAGCCUGCCUGUCUCCAUCAAGUUACAAGUUACAUCUGCAUCCAGAGGAAAGGAGUUGCUGGAAGGCCAGGAGCUGAAAUUCCUGACGCCGGUGCGGCGCUCGCUGCGGAUAGAGCAGGUUGGAAGCCGCUACCCAGAGAUGCUGAAGGACCAUGACCCCGUGGUGUCAUCCCUUAGCGAAAUCCUGGAUGCUGAGGAGGAGACUCAGUUCUUCUUCCGGAAAAACAAGGCUUUGCCAGAGGUGACAGAGCUGGAAGGUUUAAGUUUGUAUCCCCCAGAGUGCUGCUGAGGGAUUCCCAGCAGGGUGCAGGCUGCUCUCUCCCACAGGCUGCGUUGCAUGCACCACUGACUCUUGUUGCCUUCAGAUGUAAAUAUGUAGUGGUGGCACAUAAUAAGUCUGUUUUAAAUAUAUAGGCACUGUUUAUAAAUACAUAAAAACUUGCAGUAGA